AUGAAGUUGAUCCUUGCUGUGUUGACGCUAUCUGCCAUUUCCAUGGCCAUGCCCACCAAUGACGGUCAUCCGGGUCAUCCCAAAGACAGCCCAACAGUUUGCGAAAGCCACCAAACGGUUGUUUGCAACGGAGGCAACGGAGGCCUGCUGUCCCUUGGAAACCUUCUCACUGGUCUACUAGGAGAAAGCUGCUCGGGCGGAGAUGUCUACUGCUGCUCGCAGUCUGAUGUCGAUCAGACUGGAUUGAUCAACCUGGACCUCAACCUGCAAUGCAGCCUUAAUCACCUUCUCUAG